UGUUGCGGUAAAGUAUUUUGCUUCCGGUAUUCACAUGUCAACUUGUUCAUCAGAUUCUGAAAUACUUAAUACCUUGCAUGUCUCUGAAGUUGAACCCAUUAUUUAGUUAAUUUGUUUACCAAUAAGACAUUUGAUUUAUCUGUCUGCUUGAGGAACACAUGAUCAUUAGUAUACAAUGGAAGAAGUGGAUAAAUUCUCCAAAAUUAUUGAGGAGCUGAAGCUAUGUCAGAUAUCAGGCAAAGAGCAAGCUCUGGAUGACUUACUUAACCACCUCACAGAUUCCGAAAAUGUUGAUAACAUUUCCACAGACCAACCUCUAACAGAAUUAAUUGAAGAAUUCAACCAGUUAAUGAAGACAGAAAAUGGUCCUCAUCAGAAAGUUGCUAACAUCAUCGCAGAGUUAGCCAAAAUUGAAUCUUUACGGCAGCCAUUUGUAGAUGGUGAUAUGGUUCCAGUAUUGGUGAAAAUGCUACAGAGUUCAGAUACAAAUAAAGCUGUUCAAGCUUGCAGAGCCCUAGGCAACAUAUGUUAUGAAAACGACAAUGCCCGAAAUUGUGUAGAUGCUACUGAUGGGUUGACGUCUUUGCUGGACCUGAUGCGAGAGAUCAACAACAACAAAGGUGGUGAGAUAGGCAAACUCCGUACAGUGGCUUGCGGCCUCUUGCUCAACAUCACCAACACUCACAAUUUGCUACAAAAGAAAGCACUUGAAAAUGGUGCCUUGGAUAUAUUACAAGAUUAUCUAAAAAACUACACAGAUGAAGAAGGAUUACCAUAUAUGGUUCUGUUGGCACUUGAUAGUUUAGCAGAAACAGAAUUUGGGCGUGAAAAAAUUGCAUCCUGUGGUGCUUAUGAAUCAGUAUUAGAUUUUAUGCAGUCAUCAAAAGGCAACAGUGCACAAGAUGCAGUUCUGGACUUGUUGUGUAAUUUAGCUGAGAAUGAUAAAAUCAAACUGAAACUUUCUGAAAGCUUUCUAUGUGACCAUUUGAUUGACUCAAUCCAUUCAAGUCUUGAAGAAAAAGAAGAAGCUAACCAACAAUUCUUAAAGACGUCUUCAGAUUUAAUUGUUUUACUUUUAACAGGAGACAAAAGUAUGGAAGUCCUUUUCAAAAAGGGUAAAGGGGCAGUAUAUGCUGAAUCUGUGAGUUGGCUUGAAGGGAGUAAUGAAUAUUUACAAAUAUCAGGAGCUCUUGCAAUUGGCAACUUUGCUAGAAAUGAUGAACAUUGCUUAUUGUUGGUAGAAGAAGGCGUUGUUACAAAAAUGUUAAAUUUACUCAAGCAACAAGACCGUAAAGAACCAAAUAUACCAUUACUUCAUGCAAUACUAAGUGCUUUAAGGAACCUUGCUAUUCCUUUGACCAAUAAAAUUAAACUAGUCAAUGCUGGCUCUGUUGAAGUCCUCCUCAGCUUCUCUUCCACCCCUAUACUAGCUGUGACAUUCAAACUGUUAGGAGCUCUACGAAUGUUAGUUGACAACCAAGAAGAAACUGCUAAACUUCUUGGCCGUGAUAAAGUCUUCUUACCUAAAUUAGUUGAGUGGUGUAAUGUUGAAGAACAUGCUGGAGUGAAAGGUGAAGCCACACGGCUACUUGCAUGGAUAAUAAAAUACAGCAAAAAUGGCGAAGUGAUAAAGAAUAUUGUACGAGCUGAUGGUAUCCAGCACCUUGUGACUAUGGCAACUUCUGAACAUGUCCUCAUGCAGAAUGAAGCUUUGAUAGCUCUGACACUCAUAAUUGGAUCUUCCGUUUUAGAUGAAGCUGCUAUGGCUUUGAAAGAAGCAGACCUCAUAGAAGUAAUUGCCACUCUGUUAAAGAACCAACAAACACUUCCUGAUAUCAUUGCUAAUACCUUAUCUUUAACUCGAGCCAUCGUUCUAGCAGCUUCUUCAACUACACCACAAUUGACCCAGUGUACACUUCUUGCUUGUGCAGGAAUGAUUUCUAACAUGCAAAGUAAUUUACGCGAGGAACUGAUGUGUGCUGGAAUCCCUGAUCUGGCAAAACAGUUGACAUCUCAUGAAAAUGAAAAGGUCCGGUCUGGAGCUGAGAUGUUGUUAAAUGCUUUAGAAGAAAAUUCUAUGGAACAAAGCUGAGUAAGAUGAUGCAAAACAAAGAUGCAGAUUUCAAGUUUUAUGGGUUUUUUUUUUUUCUUGGUAUUUUUUUUUUCCCAGAUUUUCGUACAGUUCGAACUUUCAGACUGAUAAACCUUUAAUGUCAACCAAAAAUCCGGUGGAGAUGUAUUUGUGCAUGUGUGUGAGCAUGUAUGGGAUUGGAAAACAAUGGUCUUUAAAAACUGAAAUUUGAAAUUUGACAAGAAACUUGAAAUUUAAAACCAUAAAAUAUAUGAAAACUUUUAUUAGAAUUUCAGUUCCAAAUUCCUUUUCAAUUAUGGGUGUUAUUUCUCUCAUCCAAACACAUGCACAUACAUACACUCACAUGCACACACACAUACACACACACAUUUCACAAUAAAACUAAUCUUACUUUAAUCACUCUGAAAUUUGAAGCCGAAAGAAAAGAAAGAAUGUUGGAGAAAAUACAGAACAGAAACAAAAAAAAAAAAGAAAAA